GCAUCGCAGUAAUGUGAUUGGAAACACUAAAUAUUCAAAUUUCAAAAUUCAAAAGUCGAGAGAGAGAGAGAAAUCGACUCGACGACCUCAAAACGAAACCAGAUGAAGGCUUUUUACAGGCAGAGGAAGAAGAAAGCCACGGCCAACUCCAAAACAAAGCCACCUUCCUCCUCAUCCUUCUCUCCCAAGACACCUCGAGCCGCCUCCCUCGGCUCCGAUGUCUCCCAGGCCCCUGCCUCUGUUAACCUUCAAGAUGAUUAUGAUAAGGAUGAAGAGGUGUUAAGGCAAUUCGACCUGGACAUUGCGUACGGACCAUGCUCAGGAAUGAGCAGGAUGGCUCGGUGGGAGCGUGCCUCCCGUCUUGGAUUGAAUCCACCUAAAGAAGUUGAGCAACUUCUCAACUCUCCCAAUGUUCGCCCUCAAUGCUUAUGGGACUCUCGCAUUUAGAAUCAACUUACUUUUUUCGUUUUGCUAUCUAAUGCUGGACGACUGAAUGUGAUCUAAACCAAACUUAACCCGUUGUUAUUUUUUUUCUCCCUUUUGGUUUGAGUUUGGAUGUCAAAUAUUAUGUAAGAACUAAGAACUACGAAAUGCUUCAGCCUCUGAGGCAGAGCCCGAUGCUUUAAAAGGAUGUUUCUAUUUGUGGUUUCACUUUUAUGAAUCUAGUUUUUGGAUAAUUAGUUGCCA